AUGUUCACGUGCCGUGUCGCCCAGUUCCUGGCUCUUGCCAGCUCUGCCUGGGCAGGGGUCGUGACUUACAACUGGGAUAUCACAUGGGUGAACGCUGCUCCAGAUGGCUUCGCUAGGCCCGUUAUCGGUAUCAAUGGACAAUGGCCAUGUCCAAAGAUUGAGGCAACUGUUGGCGAUACCAUCGUUGUACACCUAAACAACAAGUUAGGCAAUGAGACAACCGGCGUACACUUCCACGGAAUUAACCAGAUCUCUACCAACGAGAUGGACGGCCCCAGCGGUGUUACGCAAUGCCCAGUUCCUCCCGGGUCUUCCAUCACAUAUAGCUUUUUGGCUGAUGCUCCGGGAACAUACUGGUAUCACUCCCAUAACAUGGGUCAGUAUCCGGAUGGUCUCCGGGGGCCGUUAAUUGUACAUGACCCUCUUGAUCCCUAUGCUGGGAAAUACGAUGAAGAAGUGAUCCUCACAGUCACGGACUGGUAUCAUAGUCAAACUAUUGACCUUGUCCGAGCAAUGUUCGUGACCAGCAAUACCAACUUUCUCCCGCCGUUUCCAGACACUCUGCUCGUAAAUGAGGGAGGCAGUCGAGACAUUAAGUUUAUCAAGGGCAAGACGUAUCGCUUGCGAAUUAUCAGCUUUGCUGCAUUUGCGUCGGCCUUCCUCCAUUUUGACUCGCAUAAUAUGCAAGUCAUCAUGAAUGAUGGCUCGUAUGUCAAACAGACCCAAGCAUAUCAGCUUCGUAUCGCUCCUGCCCAGCGGUAUGACGUCCUUAUCUCGGCUAUUGACCGAGAUCGCCGCAACUACCCGUAUCUCUUCUCGCUGGAUAUCAACCGCGACUUCAAGAAUGACCCGGCCCCGGUGUUCCCCCACAAUGCUACCGGGUAUCUGGUUAUGGACGGCAAGACCAAUAACACUGGCGUGGACGUUGUUGAUGUCUGGCGUCCCGCUGACGAUUCGCAUUUCGCGCCAUAUAAUGGUGCCGCUCAAUUUAGUCCCGUUGCUCAAACCAUCCAACUCGACUUCUCUUUCUGUUUAGAUGAUAAUGGUUUGCCGCGUUCAUGUUUCAAUGGCUCUCCAUACAUACCGCAGAAGGUACCUACCUUAUAUACGGCUGCAACCACUGGCGAUGACAAUGCCAACCCCAUUGUUUAUGGGGCUGUUCACCCUUUCAUUGCCAAACACAACGACGUAGUCGACAUUGUCAUCAAUAAUCUUGACGCGGCUAUCCAUCCAUUCCAUCUUCACGGGCACCAGUUUCAGGUGAUAGAUCGUCCUAGUAGCGGCGCGGGUAAGUGGUCAGGACGUGCCGGCGGCACUAAGAACCCGCCGAUGAGGGAUGUAGUCUCUGUGAAUGCCAAUUCAUAUGCUGUCUUGAGAUUCAAGGCGGAUAAUCCAGGCGUCUUCCUGUUUCACUGCCACAUUGAGUGGCACGUCGAGAUGGGAUUGACCGCCACCAUCAUUGAGGCCCCUGACCUUCUGAAAGGCCGCAAGUUUCCCCAGGACCAUAUAGACAAUUGCAAAAUCUUGGGCAUUCCAUAUCAGGGAAAUGCUGCUGGAAAUACGGACAAUUACACGGACACAACUGGUUUUAUUACUGAGCCGGAUCCGACGUACAACGGGUAA